AUGUACAGAGAGACAGACAGAGACAAAGAGAACAGUUAUUAUUCCAUUAAAAUAAUAUCAAGUAAUAUUUAUGUUUACACAGCAUGUUUUGUUUCUCUAGAUGCUUUCAACAUCCUAUCCCUGGACAGUGUCAGCAAUUAUUACAGGAAGUACUCAGCCUUUCGUAAGGAGGGUCAUUUUCACUACAUCCAUAGAACUCAUUUUGGAAGCUAUUCUUUUAUCUGUGUAGAUGCCACCUUAACUCCUGGACCCAAGAGACCGUACAAUUUCUAUGGGAUUUUAAACCAGACCGGGGUGACUGAGCUAGCCGCAUUAGCUGAAGAAAGCCACCACAGCAACCAGUCGAUAUGGUUUGGGCAUUAUACCACUUCCACAAUCAUCUCUGCUGCUCCUGGUAUAAGACAAGUGAUGAGUUCUGCAACAGCGUACCUGUGUGGUCAUCUUCAUACUCUUGGAGGAUUGAUGCCUGUCUUGCACAGUCAGCACCGUCAAGGCACACUGGAGCUUGAACUUGGAGACUGGAUGAUCAACAGAAGGUAUCGUAUUGCAGCCUUUGACCAUGAUCUCUUCAGCUUCUCUGAUCUCUCAUUUGAUGUGUGGCCUGCUGUGCUCAUCACUAAUCCAAAAGCCACACUCUACAGUAAUCCUGCUCAGGAACCUUUGGGAAGAAUCCGAAAUUCAACUCACAUUAGAAUUUUGGCAUUUUCCACUUCAAGCAUCUCUUCUGUCCUUGUUAGUAUUGAUGGUAUCGAUUUAGGUAAUGCUGUUUCAACGUCUGGUCCUCUAUUUGUCCUGAAAUGGGACCCAAUGUCUUACAGCAAAGGCUUGCAUUACAUAUAUGUGAAAGUCCAGGAUGAUACAGGAAGAACCGUUUCUAAAGAGCAUGUCUUUACAUUGGAAGAUGAUGUUCCUCUAAGAUUUAACCUGCUGCCAUCUUUUAUUCUUCUCACAGACCAUUAUAUUUUGGUCAGAAUCAUCUUUUUCUUGAGUAUAGCUGUACACGUCAGUAUCAUCAUUGUGUUUAGGUAUCUGAAGAAGCCAGUCCCGAAAGAACCACCAGGACUGCUCACAUCAGCUUGCCUUUCACUACAUGCCUUCAGUAAAAGCAACAACUUCUACUAUCCCAUCCUUCUAUUCAGUCUGUAUACAGUAGUUGGUCCCUGGUUUGUUGGGGAGUUAAUUGACGGCCAUGUUGGAGUCUGUUUUACAUUUGGGCUUAUUGUCAAUGGACAUUUCUUGGAAGGAAGUUUGACAUACUUAGUAGGAACUAUGCAGGUGGUAUGCUUUAACUUUCCCCUCAACUGCUACCUGUGUUGGUGCCUGUCAUUGAGAUGUCGUGGCCAUUGCUUCCGGGCCCAUGUGCGAGAUAUCGGGGUUCUUCGUACAGUACCAGUACACCUCAUUAUGCUGUUAUGCUUCAUAUGGCAAAGCUACUCAUGUGUCUUUCUGCUGCAGACUUAUGGAGUCCUUGCAUUCUUUAUAUCCCCACAGCGAACGUGGUCCUUGAUCCUUACAGUAAUUCUAAUAAGAAAAACAUGGACAUCCACUGACUCACAUUUACGAACUUACAUAGCAGAAAUGAAGAAUUAUCAUGCCUCUUAGCUGAUGACUAGAGAUGGUGUCAUAAUAAACAAGUGAAGAAGACAUCAAAGAAGUGUGUGAGCCUUCAGGCGCAACAUUUCCUAUCUCCCCACCCUGACAAUAUCAGUGGUCCAUUAUGGACAAUGAGUUUGUGCAAUUUCUGCUGAGGUGUCUCAUUGUCUUGGAAGCUUUCUAAAAGUUCCAUACCAAGUCUGUGUUACGCAGAAGCAGGCAACUGUUCUCUAAAAGUUUCCAGCAUCAAACCAGUCUUAAUCCCAUGUUGCUAUAAACAGAACGAUGCAGGUUGGCUGGUUCUUCUGUUACUAGACAUACUAGAUUCCACAGAUGAAAGAUUUUUUAAUGAAGUUUUCUAUUACAGUAUUCAGAAUUGCUGUUUACACUACAUUCUCUAAUUUGUCUGAUAUGCACAAUGCCAAUAUGGCAGAUAUUGUUUUGUGUUGUCUACCUGUACUAGGAACUGUAUAAAAUAGCAUGAAUAGCCAGUGAAAAUUAUUUCAGAUUUGAAUUAAUUUUUACCCAGAUGGUGACAGCUUUAAGUUUAGGUUGCAUAUUCCAUUUUGUAGUAGUGGUUUCUUCUACUUACUUUCUGCUUGAAACAACUGUCUUAGAAAUGUCUUUGGAUACAUACAUAAUGAUUCUUUGUGUAUGAAGUGUGACAUUUUAUUAAGAAAAUAAUCCUAAAACUGUGCUGUUAUACAAGCCUUUAAGGACGUAAAGAAUGAAAAGCAAAUGCAGUCCGAUUGUGUUAAGUUAUUGUGGUAACAGUGUAAUCUCCUGAAUUAAGAUGUUUACUGUUACGUGAUUAUAUACUUCAGCUCCCCAAGACUAGAGUGCAUUACUGGCUAUCAAGUGGAUAUUAAACAUUGAUCAUGUGCGUCUUAAACAUUCA